CCUCCCUAGAGAGAGGCAGAGGCGCCGGGCAGGGCAGCGCCCGCAGCAGGAGCUGGGGCAGCAGUAGGAGGAGGAGGCUCACCGGGAGCAGCCGGGGCGAGUGGCUCCGGAGUAGCAGGAGGCUCCUCGCGGCUGGGUCCCCGGGCAGCAGCGGGCGGCAGCCGCCCCAGCGUGCCCGGGCCAGGGCGCAGCAUGGAGACGGUGCUGCUGGAGCAUUUCCCCGGGGGGCUGGACUCCUUCUCCUCGCCCCCCUACUUCGACGAGGAGGAUUUCUUCACGGACCAGUCCUCCCGCGACCCCCUGGAAGCGGACGAGUUCCUGGAGCAGGACGUGGACUUCCUGAGCCACCAGCUGCAGGAGUAUUACCGGGACGGGGGGCAGGGCGAGGGGGGCUAUUGCUGCGAGGCGGCGGCCGCCGCGGCCAACUUCUCUUCUUCCUCCUCCCCCUCCUCGCCCAGCUUCCCCUACGGGUGCUGCGGGGCGGCCGCCUCUGAGCUGCUGUCCCCCGGGGGCAGGCUCAAGGCGCUGAGCUCCGCCAAGCGGCGCCGGCGGGUGCGCUCCGAGGCCGAGCUGCAGCAGCUGAGGCAGGCGGCCAACGUGCGGGAGCGCCGGAGGAUGCAGUCCAUCAACGACGCCUUCGAGGGGCUGAGGUCCCACAUCCCCACGCUGCCCUACGAGAAGCGGCUCUCCAAGGUGGACACCCUGCGCCUGGCCAUUGGCUACAUCAACUUCCUGAGCGAGCUGGUGCAGUCGGACCUGCCACUGCGGAGCGCCAGCAGCGAGAGCCCCAGCCAGCCCAAGAAAGUCAUCAUCUGCCACCGGGGCACAAGAUCACCUUCUCCAAGCGACCCUGAUUAUGGACUGCCUCCUCUUGCUGGACACUCUCUGUCAUGGACUGAUGAGAAGCAACUUAAGGAACAAAACAUUAUUAGAACAGCUAAAGUGUGGACCCCUGAAGACCCCAGAAAACUAAACAACAAAUCUUCUCUAAACAACAUAGAAAACGAACCUCCAUUUGAUUUUGCAUCAUGAAUCGUGAAUAUUUUGACUGUAAAUGCAAACAUGACACCAAUGUAUAUUUGUAUGUAAAGACCUAUAUUUUAAACGUAAUUUAAAAUUCAAAAUCUAAUGGCAAUCAAUGUUUUUAUUUAUCUAUUUAUUAUCAUGUAGAGUUAAUGAGGUGGUAUUGUCUAUUUGUAUGUAUAAUUUAUAUAAUUUAUCCUGAUUUUAAAAUAUGCAAUAGUUUUAUUCCACCAGCACCUUUCGAUAAAACUGUUCGGAAAACACUUCCAAAAUAUGAAAAUAAUUUAUU